AUGAACGAAGAAAAAUAUGGUGAUAGAGCAGAUGUGUAUAGCUUUGGACUGUUGUUGUGGCAGCUGAUAACUGCUAAGGUACCAUACGAGCAUUUAAAUAGCAUAUCCCCACGCCUAGCUGCACAACGUGUUAUAGGGGGAGAAAGGCCAGCAAUACCAGGAAACAUGAAUCUGAAGCUCAAAAUCAUUAUAGAAAACUGCUGGAAUGAAGAUCCAUUUUUCAGGCAUAGUAUCUCUCGAGUGAGUACAGCAUUGCACACACUGCUCUCAGCAGUGAAUGAGUCUGAGCCUGAGCCUGAUCCUGAGCCAGAGCCUUCAUCAGCUGUUCCCACAGAAUCAGGAGUGAGGGACAAGAUGCUAGCUAGGAACGUGUCCAUCCUGAUAAAUUCUGUGUGA